GCAAAACGAAGAUAAUGAAGAAUUUUUGCCAACUGGAGAAACCUCCAUAGACUCCUACCCAAACUGGUUAAAAUUCCACAUUGGCAUUAAUCGGUACGAGUUGUAUUCCAGACAUAAUCCUGCAAUUGAGGCAUUACUACAAGACCUGGUCUCCCAAAAGAUAACCAGUGUUGCGAUGAAAUCAGGAGGCACCCAGCUGAAGCUGAUCAUGACAUUCCAGAACUAUGGACAAGCGUUGUUCAAACCAAUGAAACAAACCAGGGAACAAGAAACCCCGCCUGACUUUUUUUAUUUCUCAGACUAUGAAAGACAUAAUGCAGAAAUAGCAGCAUUUCAUUUGGACAGAAUCCUGGAUUUCCGUCGCGUGCCACCAGUUGCAGGUAGACUGGUUAACAUGACGAGAGAAAUACGAGAUGUUACUCGUGACAAGAAACUGUGGAGAACAUUUUUCAUCUCACCAGCCAACAAUAUCUGCUUCUAUGGGGAAUGCUCCUACUACUGCUCAACAGAGCAUGCCCUGUGUGGAAAACCAGAUCAGAUCGAAGGGUCUCUGGCUGCCUUCCUACCUGAUUUGUCUUUAGCUAAGAGGAAAACCUGGAGAAACCCCUGGAGACGUUCCUACCACAAGCGCAAGAAAGCAGAAUGGGAAGUUGAUCCAGAUUAUUGUGAAGAGGUUAAACAAACACCCCCGUAUGACAGUGGGACCAGAAUUCUGGAUAUAAUGGAUAUGACAGUUUUUGAUUUCCUAAUGGGUAACAUGGAUCGACAUCACUAUGAAACCUUUGAGAAGUUUGGAAAUGAAACAUUUAUUAUCCACUUAGAUAAUGGAAGAGGGUUUGGAAAAUAUUCCCAUGACGAACUUUCCAUAUUGGUGCCUUUAAACCAGUGCUGCAGAAUAAGGAAGUCUACCUAUCUGCGAUUACAGUUGUUAGCCAAGGAGGAAUACAAACUCAGCCUCUUGAUGAAGGAAUCUUUACUAAAAGAUAAAAUAGCUCCUAUUCUCUACCAGCCUCACUUGGAGGCGAUGGACAGGCGGUUGCGGAUUGUCCUCAAGGCUGUUAGUGACUGUAUAGAAAAGGAUGGUUAUGACAAUGUGGUUGAAAAUGACUUUAACACUGAUGUUAACACUGUUACGACCGAGAGGUAGUGAAAUCGCAAGACUACGUUUUUACCAGCCAAGCAAAGAAGAUUCAAAGAGGUAAAAAAAAAAAAAA